UGGAUCUCCACUUUCUUACCUAGAAAAUGACUCUAAUGCCUUGCUCAGCUUUCCUAUUUAGUGGUUCUGUUUCACUUAUUAUUAGAUUAUGAACAAUUAUAAUAACAGCCAGCGCAUUAAGGUCGGCUGUGAGCUGGACGGUUUCCAUAAUUCAUCAUUUUAAAUUUCCAUAGUAGUCAUGAGAGGCUUUGUGAGGCACUCACUAUCUGGAUGGGCAGAUACAAGGAGAGAGCACUGAACAGCCAGGAGGUGUGAAUAAAGGUAAGAUCAAGCCUGAAGAGAUAACCUGUCUUAUAAUCAGUAAGAGGUGCUGUUGGCAAUAAGUAAGAAAAUUUGGGGCAGGUUACUUGUGGAAGUCAGACCAAAGAGCAGGAAGGUAUUACAGCAAGAUGGAUUUGGGAAAGGACCAAUCUCACUUGAAACUCCAUCAGACACCUAAUCCUCAUCAAGAAGAGAACCAUGUUCCAGAAGUCAUUGGAACUUGGAAUUUGCGAAACAGAGAGCAACUCAGAAAAAGGAAAGCUGAAGCACAAGAGAAGCAAAAUUUGCAAUGGCAUUUUGGAGAGAAAAAAUGCAAGCGGCCAAGGACAGGAAAAGGAAAUAAAAGAGGCAGAAAGAGACAACAAAAUACAAAACUGAAGGAGGAAUCUCAGUCACAAUUUAAAAAGGACAUGAGGGAGAAAGCACUGGCACCUAUGGAGAAAGAAACUGAACCGCCUAGGAGUAUAACCGAAGUGCUGUCUCUGGUAGCCUCUCCCAAAAAAGUUGUGCCUGAGAGACAAUUUUCUACAGUGGAUCAAGAAAGCAUUAUACAUCAGGAAAAUUCUUCUGAGUUACAAGAAACAGUGGUACAAAACCAUCCUUCUGAAACAUGCCAAGAUGUGGCUGACCCUGGAGCCCUCUCUCCUAAAAUAUGCCAAGAAACAGCCGUACUUCAAGGCCAUCCUUCUAAAACGUGUCCAGAUAUGGCUGAACCUGAAGCCCUCUCUCUUACAAUGUGCCAGGAAACAGCCGUAUUUCAAAACCAUCCUUCCAGAUUGUGCCCUGAUAUGGCUGAACCUGAAGCCCUCUUUCCUAAAAUGUGCCAAGAAACAGCUGUAGUCAAAGUCCUUCCUUCUAAAACACCUGAAGACAUAGCUGACCUGGAAGGAUGCUCUCUUGAAGCAUUCCCCAAACCAGAUAUGCCUAAAGGGUAUGUUCUUGAAACAUACCAAAAAAGAGCUGAACCUGAGGAAUACAAUUCUGAACCAGAUCAAGCAAUGGCUGAGGUUGAAAGCUUCUUUCCUAAAACAGAAGAAAUAGCUGUACCUAAAGACCUUUCUACAAAAACACACCAAGAGUCAGUUGAACCUGAACACUUCUCUUAUGAAACAUAUAAAGAAAUUGCUGUGCCUAAAGCAUCCUCUCGAAACACAGUCCAAGAAAUGCCUGCUCCUGAGGAAUAUCCCCCUGAAAUAUAUCAAGAAACACCUGGACCUGAGGAUUGUUCACCUGAAAUAUACCAAGAAACACUUGGGCCUGAAGACUAUUCACCUGGAAUAUACCAAGAGACACCUGGGCCUGAAGACUAUUCACCUGAAAUAUACCAAGAAACACUUGGGCCUGAAGAUCUUUCUACUAAGGCAUAUAAAAAUAAGGAUCUGCCUAAAGAAUGCUUUUCAGAACCAUACCAAGAAACAGGUGGGCCCCAAGGCCAGGAUCCUAAAGCACACCAGGAGGAUGCUAAGGAUGUUUAUACUUUUCCUCGAGAAAUGAGAGAAAAACCCAAAGCAGAAGAACCAGAGAUACCAGCAAUUCCAAAUGUUCCUCAAGAAAUUCAUCCAGAAAAUGAUGUCUUUAGUUAUGUUUUGUUUUAACAAUGCUCAACCAUCAAUAGUUGUCCAACAAAAUACACAUCUUAAUAUAUUA